GCAAAGAGUUAAAUACCUACUUAUAUUAGGCGGAGGCGGUGGGGUUGCGUGGCGCGCCGCCCGCCCAGUAGCGUCCGAGCGGGCAGUGGCACCCUCGCGGGCCAGUCGGAGCCGCGCGCCCUCCGCGCUCGCUCGCGGCGCCACCACCUCACGCAUGGCCCGCACGCCGGUCUAACCUCUCUCUGUUAUGGACAAGCGCGGCGCCAGCGCCCGGGACAUCCCGAGCAUCCUCAAGAAGCCCAAGGGCCGGCGCAAGGGCGACCUGCUCGACAAAAGCACUAAGAUCAAGCGCGAGAAGGUGGAGGGCCCGAAGGGCGAGGAUGUGAGCGCUCCGCUGCCGCAGGGCUGCACGCCUCUCAUGUACGCCUGCCAACAGGCCGACUACAAGGCUGUCGUCGACGCUAUCAACAAAGACGCCGCAUCAGUCCGCGUCCGUGACCGCGGGCUCCGCUGCGCGCUGCACUACUGCGCGUCGAGCGGCGCGGGCGCAAGCCAGGCGGCGCGUGCCGCAUGCGCUGACCGCGUGAUCAUGGCUGCUCCAGCCCUUGCCGACGCUAGAGACGCUGACGGACUGACGCCGCUCCAUCUAGCGGUGGUACACGGAAAUGUACCGCUCGUGCAGACGCUGCUAGCGGCCGGCGCCGAUGUUAACGCGAGAGACGAUGAACAUCACACCGUCGUUCAUUGGGCUACUGUGUGCGGGGAAGUAGGCGCCCUGCGAGCAGUGCUCGCGGGCGGCGCGGACGCCGCCACUCCGGACCAGCACGGCGGCUACCCGCUGCACUACGCGGCGCAGAUGUGCGGCGCUCCUGCAGCCACCGAUCAUCAGAGUCGAGGUGCGGCACUUGAGGUGCUCCGAGCGCUGGUAAAGGAAGGUGGUGCCCGAGUGGACGUCCGUGACGCCGACGGCCGCACGCCGCUGCUCUGGGCCGCGUCCGCUGGCUCCGCCGCCGCUGUGCUCGCGCUCCACCAGGCUGGGGCUAAAGUUGACGAUGCUGACAGAGAUGGACUAACAGCACUACAUUGCGCCGCAGCGCGCGGACACACGGAAGCAUUAGAAACGCUAGUCGGCCUUUGCGGCGCUCGAGUCGACGUAGCGGACUCGCACGGCUGCACGCCUCUUCACUACGCGGCCGCGCUGGGCCAUGCUGAUGCCACGGUGGCGUUGCUGCAGCAUGGGUCGGACGCCCAUCGCCAGGACCGGCGCGGACGUAGUCCCGCCCAUACUGCAGCUGCUAAAGGACAAAUUGAAACUGUCCGAAUACUUGGAGCGAGAGGUACGAAUUUAUGGCUGCGAAACUCUAAAGGCGAUUUACCAUUGCACGAAGCUGUGGCUUCCGGCCGUAGGGAAUUAGUGAAAUGGCUCUUAGACGGGCGGCCCUCCCAAGUCAAUGCUACGAAUCAUGAAGGCCGUACUCCGCUGCACAUCGCAGCGGCCACAGACAAUGCUGAUCUUUGUCGCCUCCUGUUAGAUCGUGGUGCUCAAGUUAAUCCCGUGGCGAGGUCUUCUAAGAACGAACCAAUGACACCUCUAGAUUGUGCGUCAACGCGCGGCCAUAGAUCCACUGCUAAAUAUUUGCAAAUGCACGGAGGUCUCCCAGCAUCGAAAUUAGGAAACACAGAAAUUGUCAUUGAUGGCGCUACAAUAACAGCAUUACCAACACGUAGGGUAACUAGCACAAAAAUUGAUGUACGAGAUAGGAUUAGGAUAGAAAAGAGAGAAGUCGUCGAGCUUUCCAGUCCUAUCCCUGAUAGAAAACAGGCGAGGAAUAGGAUGGAUAGUGACAGUACUAAUGGUUCAUCAUCUGAUGAUAAGAGACCGAGACGACGGUCGGAUAAAAAAUAUACCAGUAGACAUCAGGAUAGACGAAAAAGAUUAAUAGAACCUCAAAAAAGUUUUAGCGAUGGUUAUGAUACAGAAUUGGAAGGACAAGCAAAAGACGAAUCACAUGAUCGAAAACAUAGAAAAGGCAGUAAAAAGAAUAGGUCUAAAAGUGAACCCUCAAGACGAAGUAGAAGUAACUCAAGAUAUCGAGGACGUCAUCGGUCUGCAUCUCAGAGUUCAUCUGGUUCAGAAACUUAUCCAGAGAAAAAGAAAAGUAAACGGCAUCGAAAGCGUGGCAGAAGGAGAUCAACUUCCUCGUCAGAAAGUAGUAGUUCUGAAUCGAGUGAAAGACGAAGUACAAAACGCAAAGGUAAAAAAACCUCAAUACAUAUUGAGAAUGACGAUGAAAAACAAAGCGUCAACAUUGUAAAAUACAAAAACGCCGAUAAUUUACAACGCUCUGAAACAAAAGAAGAUAUUCCUGCGUUACCUCCAACAGGCAGUGAAAUCGCAGAAAAAAAGGAAUCAGAUAGAGAAGACAAACAACUGGUUAUAAGUAAGACACUCAGUGAGACUGAGACUGACACCUUAUCAGUAAAGACAAAUAUGAUUGUUACGGAGGCACAAAUACAUAUGGAACGUGAGUCAAGCCAACAUGGAAGUUCAGAAAUUACAGUGACUGUCGAUUCAUCAAAUAAUGUAUCGAUUGAAACAGCCAACCUCUCAGUAACGCAUAAAGAUUUAAAUGAGGAGGCCAAAUCAGCGUCAGAUGUUGCGGUCACAAGUAGUGUAACUGAAAAGCACAUAUCAAUGAUACAACUGCUGAGCGACAAUCUUCAGGAGAAAAUACUGCAGAAAAGUUAACAACUCAAAAACCAAUCAAAAGACGAAAGCGCACCUUCAAAGUGUGAUCCGGAAAAUAAAAACAAACAAUCUGAGGAAAACUCUGGCUUAGAAACUCAGGCAAGUGAUGUACAAUCAAAAUCAUUAGAUGGUGAUAAAGAUCCGUCUCCAGAUUCAGCUAAAAGUGACAAAGAAAAGUCAAAAGAGACUUCAUCAAGUUCCAGUUUAGAACGGACUAGGAAAAAAUCGUUUCAAGUGUUGGCUGGUCCGGAAGAAUUAUUACUGCAAAGCAAAGACGCAGGAGAACUUGCCACUACGUUAGAUAUUAGUUCUGAAAGAAAAGAUUCGCGGGACAAAACUAGCUCUCCAACAGUGUCUUUUGCUAAUAAAGAUGAGGUUUUUGAAAGUAAAGACUCAGGUAAACAGCCUGAUCAUCUAAUGGGCGAGCAGGUGCUUCACGGUGAAGUGGGUCCAGGGAGUGGUAGUGCAGAUAAAAAGGUAAGCAGUGAAAGUACUUUAGCGAGUGCUGAUGAAAAACGAAAAGAAUAUUCUUCCACGACAGCAACCGGCAGUAGCAACGAAAUUGCACCGACGACAGAUAAGGGUUUGAUUACAGUAAUUGACGACAAAACUGCAGCGGAAGAUCGCGCUGUUCAACAAAUCUUGUUAGGGAAUACCUCAGAUGACAUCAAUUUACCUUUACCUGUUUCACCUAAACGAAAAUCAUCUAAAGACAGCCAAGGAAGUAGUAGAAAAAGCAGUAUUUAUGAAACCGAAAGUUAUAAAGUACUAUCCGAUAUUGCAAGUGUUACUGAUAUUAGCACAGGUAUUCUUAAAAAAUCUAGUAAAGUUGACGAAGGUUCAUUAGAUGACGACAAAGAAACGGUUAUCAAAGAUUCAUAUGGACGUGUCGCAAGUGUUAGUGACAACGAGAUAUACAGUCACUCUGAGGUGAAUGGGCGUAGAAAACGAUUCCGUAAAAAAGGUAGAACUAAAAGUCGUAUAACUAUCAGAUCGAAAAGUGAGAAUUCAGAGAGGGGGUACGAGUCCAGUGGAUUCAUGGAUUCAGGGUUUGAGCCAAGUCCUAGAGCAGUUCAGCGCCGAAUAAUGAGCCCACGUCUUGCAGCUUAUUACAGGCAGAGGAAUGCAAGCGGAAGAUAUUCUGGGAAAUCUGACAGCAGAAUUCCUGUGAGAAAACCUGGAGAUAAAAAUGCAGUGGAUAUGAAAUCCGUUACUCAGCGCAUUCAAACGAAUAUGAGAAGAUAUUACUGCGAAAGAAAGAUCUUUCAACAUUUACUGGAGCUAAAGCGUCUACAAAUCCGAACAAGUAAAACCAACGAAGCGGUUCUCGUGAAGCGAGCUAUCGACGAAUAUAACAAGUCGAAGCUUGGCGAGCGUGGUCUGGGCACCUACAGCAGCGUAGACUACUCGUUCAGCAGCUUCGAAAAGUUCCUCUAUGAAAGUCUUCGGAAAUUACAGAAAAGUGGCAAAAGGCACUUGGAUAAUCUGCCCGAGAGGCCAAUAGAUUUUGACUAUGGCGAGAGAGCUUGCCUCUGCACGAGCAAGACUCAUCGAUGCUUUCACGCGGUUCACGCCUAUACCGGCAUACCUUGCUCAGCUUAUAUACCCCAUAAAUGGAAUCACCACACAAUGCCCAAGCCAGCAACAGCGGAUCCAAGUACUAAAGCAAAAGGAUUCCUGCCAAAAAUAGCUUCAAAGUCGCCAUCAAGUUCGUCGGGCAAGGCUCACGUCACUCUGGAGGUGUCCCACGGCUCCGAACGACAGCUGAUCGCACUGCCAGCAGAGAAACUCGACAAAAACAAGAGAUACUACGUCACAUUCACUGUGAAAGGCUCAGAACCGCCAUCAGAUAACGACAACGGGUCACCUUCCUCCAACAAAGCUAAAGCAAGCGUACGAAGUGGCUAAUUAAAAUUUCCGACGAUUCAUGAUGAUUCUCAGUCCUUACUCACUGCCAUAUAAAGAUGUAGGAAGAUAAAAAAUAUUGGCAAGUAAUUUUGCACCGUGUAGGUACCAAAGGUACACGUGGAUUUUAUUAGCUAUUUUGUUGAAAAUUGUGAUUUUGAUUGACUGAUCGAUGCCGUCCAGUAGUACAAUGUGAAAACAUUCAAAAGGAACUUAACAUCUAUUUUUCUAACAGUAUUAAACAGAAAUAUUCAAUAUUAUAUAAAUUAUUUAUAACGAUUUGAGUAUACAUAAAUAACCGUUUAUAGUAGUUCGAAAUACCUAUUACGCAAUAUGUUUUAUUUUUACUAAAUAGAUGUCUUUAUAUGUUUAAUUAUAUUACAAUACACAAAUCGUGCGAUUGUGUUGUCUUCCUUUACCCGAACUUAUUUAAUUAUUAGCACAAUUAAUAUUCUAACAAAAUGCUCGACAUUUUGCAAGCACAAGUGAUUGUUAAUACUCAAUUACUUAGAUACCUUAUUGAUGAUUAUAAG